AUGCACAGCAUGAUCCAGAAACACAGAAAAGGAUCGCGACGUAAACUUAUCAGCGGCUGCAACUAUCACCCCGUCGGAUGUGUACGGGAAUCGCUCAACGGCAUACUUGAUUGUGAUUAUUUUAACAUUCCUGCUACGAUUGCUGCUUCAGCUUCGACCGAUGCAAAAUCACAACCUAGCACUAGUAUACCCAGCACCACGAUAUCAACCUUCACACCUACGCGUCAGCGGCGAAGAAGACGGCGAAGGUUGGUGGUCACUCCUCCGGCCGUCACCGCCGUCUAUGAUGAUGGGGUCGAAAUGCGUCACCGCAGCCGAAGAAGGGCAGAAGAGGCACCGGAAGAAAAUGGCUGUUGUAAUGGUAUCUUUCCCACCAUCGCCCCCAACACCACCACCCCCCUUAUACAGUCGGUUCCAGAGCGAUAUCAUCAGCAGUCAACACUAGUGUCUGUGCCCUCGCACCACAGAACCAGAACGAAACUACUGUAUAGAAGUAUUGUGCAAAUAUGUUUGGCCUUGUUCUUGAUCUUAGGAUGCUGUGAUGCAGCGAAACAGGAAGUUUUACAAAGUGGAACGGGGUGUGCAUUUCCCAAACGAUGGGAAGGUCAAUGGUUUCAAUCCGGUGUACAACAGCCAAUUACAAUAGAAGGAUCCACAUUAAGUACUAGGGGCCGGUGCAUUGCUAGUGAAGGCGAUAAAUUUUUAUUAGUUAAUGGCAAAGGAUGUCACCGGUGCGUUGUAAUUUAUCAGAAGCACAUAAACAUACUCCAGUAUAAAGAAAGUGAGUGUGAAGAUUUUUAUACAGGCCAGUUGAAUCCAGCUGCAAUGCCUAUUCAUAGCGUUUUAAAAAGUGAUCGGGGCUUAGCUCAUCCCAACAUGAACGGGCAUUCAAGAAUAUCGUCAUCGGAUCCAUAUAUGCGAUCCAAUGAAGAUAGCGACAAUUGCAUGGGAUGUAAGGGUCGCGAAACAUUGCAUUACCUUUGCGAACAAAUCCCGGGUGAUGCUCUAUUGUACAGUAUGUUUAAAAUAAAUCCAGAGCCAAUUAAAUGUCCAAUGUCAGGAUCUUAUACGUUCACCUAUAAUCGGGGUCAUGGAGAAUGUAGGAGUCCAGUCUCGAAUAUGGAAAUGUGUACAGAAGACAGUAGACUACUGCUAAGUUUUCAGGCAUGCCCUGAUGUACCUGGGACAGAAAGCACAGUUGAAGAACUAACAUGCUUAGCAUGGUGGAAGGAUGGCAAUUCACGCUAUUUGGUGGGUCUGGUUUCACAUCAUCAUGCCACGUCAAAUGAAGAAAGAUUUAGAUGCUUCGUAUACGAGAAGCUGAGUGGCUCGGAUGCAGAAUACAAACUGGCACAGUCCGGUGAUGCUACGUGUAACGGACUGGAAAAUGCUGAGGUUGGCUCCCGGAUUAUGACACUCAAGAAAGCUCCUCUAAUGGACCGUUGCGACUUUCCUGUCUGGUUCAAAGGUCCUCGGUUCUGGCAUGCAUUGAUGGGCAGUGCACAUUACGUAUUCGAUGCUAGUGAUGGUUCGUUGCACAUCAAGAAACCAAAUGGCCACACGGUAGCUCGAUCCCUUUGCGAGCAAAUCAACAAGCAAACUUCCUCGGAAAUGAUGGUCGUUGUGCAUCACACAAUGGGAUGCAAAUCUGGGUUUAUGUGUGUCAUGUUCUAUAGAAGAGAUACUCACGUAGCCGAGCUACAAAUGGGAACACCGACAGCUAGGCUUGAAGAUGCAUGUACGACUGAAAACUUUGACGUGCAUCGAACACCGUUCGUUACUUUGCUUGCAAAUAAUUCUGAAACGCAGCUAUGUCCAUUGGAGGGUCAGUAUAUGAUGAAAGGUUUCCUUAUGCCUACGUCGUCUAUUUCACGGCAUAAACGCAACCACAACAACAAAGCUCGCUCGCAUCGACACUGGGACGUGGUCGGAUACCGCAACCAGGAAAGCGCCAUUAGUGGUAGCACCACCGGAACAGCCGGCGGUAUUGUAGGCGGCUACAUGGGAUUGGAAGCGAAGCGAAGAUCCUUCCUUCCACGAUCUCGGCGGACAGCGGCCGAGUCCAGAAAUGAUACGUACACCGCGUUUCAUUCCGAAGGUGACGCCAAUGCUUCCGGCAGAUUGCGUCGCGAAACAGCGGGAGGAUGUAACAUUAAUCACAACACCAACCGGCAGCUGUUAGUUGGAUGUAACGAGAAUAGCAUAAUUGAAGUCAAACCAAAAUGUAAAACCGAUGAUGAGGAAUUAUUCACUUGUCAUGGUCAUUGGCAGGAAAAUCAAACGACGUACAUUAUUGCAAAGCACUCAUUUUCUCAGCAUGGUGUGUGUAUCAGUUAUGUGCCAAUGGAAGGCAAUCACGUACAACUGUUCGUCGGGGACACCUGUCACCGUGCCAACAUGCAGUCGGCCCAGCACAGAUCAAUGCCAGCCAAUAUUACCAGCUACGGUAAAUGUGGUGAGGUGAGCAGUUCGUUUAAACUUCACCCGAGUCACAUGCAGCUUUAUUCCUUCGUCCUAUCGGUGCUGCUAAUGAGAAGCGUUCUGAGAUGA